UACCGGGACGAGUAUCAGUCGCCGAGCAGCACAAGCUAUGGCGGUCGAGGCUACGAUGUAUCUCCGCAGCAGCCGGCAUACAAUCCGCAGAAUUACACUCAACCUCCACCACCUCCACCACAGCAAAGCAGCUACAAUCCGGCGGCGUAUGCCUACAACCAAAACACAUACCAACCACAGUACAAUCCUGCAGCCUAUACUGAGCCAUCACCCUCCGGCAUCUCUGGUGGACCAAUAGAUCCAUAUGCCUAUUCGCCUGGAAAUUAUUCGAGUCCAAGCUUUUCUCCACAGCAGCAGCAGCAACAGCAAUUUGCUCAACAUCAACAAUACAGUCCCCAGCCUCCAGCACAUCAAUACGAGCCUGCAAUACCCCAAGCCCAUCGAUAUGAGCCUUCAUUAAUGCAAAGUCCGCCGCCGCCUCCCCAUGCAUCCUACGACCAACAAGCGUCUGCCGGGGCUCCGCAAGGAGUUCCUGUAUCUUCUGCACCCUAUCCAACAGAAACAUAUCCUUCGUAUACUGGACCCACGCAUGCCCAACAAUACCAGGGUGAUGCGGCGACUGCAAUGUCUGGCAGGCUUGCAAACGAUUGGAGGCCUUCACCGCCCGCCAAUUCAAGUUACGAUACUCGACAGUCUCCGUCACCUCGUUUUCUCGCCUCUACCCAGCCAUCGCCACCGCUUGCAUCGCCGGGUCCUACACCACCAGUUCACGCGCCCAACAGGACUAACACACUGAACAGACAUCCACAGGAGCGGCCUCUCCCGCCGCAACCCAGUCAGAGCUCCGAAUACUUCGAAGAUCGAAAUGACAGGCCCAACUCUCGUUACAGUCCCCCUCCUGGCGUUACUCAGGAUGAUCUCUAUGGAGAAGUAUUCAGCAUGGCGAUGAAUACUGGAGGUGGUUCUCAUCGUGCCCGCAGCCCGUCAAUAUCAAUCACGCAAGCGCCACACGCAUCAUCAACCCACAUGUCGUCACAUGGCUCGUAUCGGGAACGGCGUCCGUCACGGAACGGCACAGUGAAUGGCCAUCUCUCACCGGUGCCGCAUCAAGUCAGUCAUGAAUCGUACAGCAGCGACAGCGAUGCGGAAGCUGCACAGGGCUUGGCCAUGCUUCGAAUGGCAGAGGAGGACGAUGCCCGUCGACAGAGUGGUGCUGGGCAGACAAGAUUUUCCGGCAUGGGCUCCCAGCGAAACAGUCGCCAACACGAGGAGCCUCCCGAAAGUGACAGUGAUGAUUAUGCCAAUGUUGACAUGAGCUCGUUUGGGGGCGGAUGCGACGUGCAGAUGACAUACGGCGGCGACCCGAACCAGCUUGCGGCAGGCGGUGAGAUGAACAGCGACUCCUACAGCGGACCAAUUUCAAGUCAGCACAGCUCCAUGCGAAGAUCGCACGCUUCGCAAUCAAGUCGUGACGAUGUCGACUACCGGUCGGAUUAUGCGCGAUUCGCACAACCAUACAAUCCUGCUGCGCGGGUCGAGGUUGGUGGCACGGGCGGUUUGUCAGAACCGGCGGCCUUCAAUCGAAGGCAAAGUUACGACGAAGGAGACGAGUACUCUCUGAUGGAGCCGCAGCUUCCGGAACGCUUCCCAGACGAGCCACCUGAUAUCAUGUUCCAGCAUGCGGCUUCAUCCUACCCAUCUCGACCUCUUCCCGCAGUGCCGUAUCCCGAAGACCCGCCGUUCCCAAUGCAGACCGACUUCAAGGCCCUCCCGUCUGUUCCUGGGCAAUCGCCCUAUCCGCUUGCUCCAGACGCUUACGUCGUCAACUCACAAGGGCAAUUAGUGCCACGAUCAUCGUCACUAGUCAGCCACAGCAAUACUCCUCAGAUCGCCCAGCCGCUGCGCUCCAAGACUGACGCAGAAGAGAGGCGGCUUCGUCUUCAACAAACCCGAGCUUCGGCUUAUCCUACUGGAGACACGCCCGUCGUACCUCCCGGAAGUAUGGUGCUUGAUCUACCUGCUAUUGGUAAACGCUUCACGCCUUCGAAGCUUGGCGCAGCGGACUUCAAGAAAUGCGAGGAGCCGUGGUCUCUGAAGGCUCUACUGCAUUGGCUACUCCAAGUCACAAGUCCAGAGCAGAAUACCGAACUCAAAGAGGCCGACAUCCUCGAAGCACUGGUUUCACUGUUCACCAACAAGGUGCCGACGAUGAACAUUGCUGAUGCGGAAGGACUCAGUCAUCGCGUGGUUCAGAACAUGUACUCAGCCAGCACCCUGAUCUCUACCGAAGAGUGGGUCAAGAUUGUGCCGGGGCCGUUCUCUGGCGUGAUAUUUCAGCUCACUCGCUCUGGAUGCUACUCUCCUACAGUGCACGACCACCUCAUACCAAACAUGCGAUGCUACUCGCAUCUUUGCCAGCGUACAUUGAAGAAAGUCAAUCUUCGCGCCCAGCCCUCGCGAUCAACAGAGAGCUGGGUGGAGUACUAUCGCAUCAGCAAGGAAGAUGUUGAGAAGCGAGACAAGAAGGAGAUCGAGAAGCAGCACAUCUUGCACGAAGUGGUGUCUACCGAGGAGCGCUACAUGUCCGAUUUGGACGUAGUCUUGACCUUGUACAGGGACCAGCUCGACAGGGUGCAACCUUCAGUCAUCACACCCAAACGCAAGGACAAAUUCAUCCUCGACGUGUUCGGUCGCCUCGGGACAAUCAAGCAGGCGAAUGAAGAGCAUCUUCUGCCGCAGCUCAAGUACAGACAGCAGGAGCAGGGUCCGUGGGUGGUCGGUUACAGUGACAUCUUCCGUCAAUGGAUACGAAAGGCAAAGACGGCAUAUGUCGACUAUGCCAACUUCUUUCCCAAGGCAGAUCAUCUGGUGCGAUCAGAAAUGGAUCGAAACAUCGAGUUCAGGAAAUUUGUCGAGAGCGUCAGGAGCGAUAAGAGGUCUGGUCGCCUUUCGCUUGAUAGCUUCCUGAAGACGCCGAUCACGAGACUGCAGAGGUAUACCUUGCUAAUGUCUACGAUCCUGAAGACCAUGAAAGACGACAGCCAAGAAAAGACGAAUCUCGUGAUCGCACUGGAAGAAGUGAAGGCUGUCGCGAUGGAGUGCGACGCGCGCGAUGACGUGGAGCUCAACCUGGACCACUUUGGCCGGGAGCUCAUUUACCGCGGCGAUGUGCAAAGGAUGGGCAGUAACAGGUUUACUUGGCUGGAUUGCCAUGCUCUGCUCUUCGACCACUACCUGAUCCUAGCCAAGACUGUUGCGGCUCGCGCGGGUGACGGUGGAAAGCUUGACCGGUACGAUGUUUCCAGGUUACCAAUUCCUAUGGACCUUCUCAUUCUCGAGAGCGCGAAUGAUCCUGCGAUUCAGAAGUCGAGUUAUGUCAAAGGCAUCACAACCGUCAGAGAGGCGACAGGAGGUAGGACCUCGACGUCGAGUGAUCCGACACUCACCCGGGUCGCGACAGGUACUUCAUCUCCUGCUCCGAGCGGUCUACAACAUUCCAACACGGGCUCCUCGAGCAACACGUUGCAGCCAGUAACUUCACUGGGCGAUGCCAAAGAAGACCGCAUCAUGUACCCUUUCAAAGUCAAGCAUCUUGGCCGAGAGACAUACACGCUCUUUGCACCGACGGAGAACGCCAGGCGAGAUUGGUGUAACAAGAUCAUCAUCGCAAAGACCAAGCACGCUGCAGCUCUACACGCGCAGAAUGCAGAACCCUUCCGGCUACGAGUGAUGGCGGAUUCGGCGUUUGUAUACGACGCUUUUGCCGGCAGCGGCAAGGGCGUUACUAUCAAAGGCACACCGGUGGAUCGAGCAAUCAAGGAGGUCGAGCAUCGAUUUAAGGAUACCGGACGACCUGGACCAAUUUGCAGAGCGAGAGUCAAUUGCGCAGCAAGCUUCUCAACACCCUACCCCGGGAAGCAGAUGGUUGCUGUUGGCACGGACUAUGGCGUCUAUGUCAGCGAGCUGGAUAACCCUCGCGGCUGGACAAAGGCCAUCGGUAUGGUUCGUGUUACACAAGUGGCCGUUCUUGAGGAGUUCAACCUCUUCCUCCUGAUCUCCGACAAGACCCUGGUCGCCUACCAUCUCGAUGCCAUCUGCCCGAACGAACGAACCGGUACCGUCAGCGACUCCGCCCGCAAAGCGCCUCAGAAACUCUCCGGCAGCAAAGACGUCGGCUUUUUCGUCACCGGCAAGCAAAAGGAUCGCACCCUCGUCUUCUACAAGAAACGUGAUAAUCUCAACUCCGUCUUCAAGGUCCUUGAACCCGUCUACCAGAAGUCUUCAGAAAAGAAGCGUGGCAUGUUCAAGCGCGGCACGACCGAAUUCUUCCGCGAAUUCGACGAAUUCUACAUCCCCACUGAAUGUACCGCCAUGAACCUGUUUCACUCCUCCCUGGCCGUCAGUACCGCGCGCGGCUUCGAAGUGCUGACUCUCGACAAGAAACAGCCCUUCAGCGUGCCGGAGCUGAAAGCGGAGCACGUGCAGAACAUUGCGCAGCACAUCAAGGACCAGCGUGCGCUGAGUAUGCUCCGUCUCAGCGAUCAGGAAUUUCUCCUCUGCUACCAGAACUUUGCGGUAUACGUGAACAAACACGGCGACGUGAGUCGGUCCGUGAUCAUGCAGUUCGUUGGCAGCGCACAAAACGCUGCGCUAUAUGGACCUUAUCUGGUACUCUUCGACAACGACUUUGUGGAGAUUCGUAACGCGCAGAAUGGGCGGCUGAAGCAGAUUAUCGCCGGGAGAGAGGUCAAAUGUCUGGACGACGGCACGAAUUGGAGCGCGAAUGCGGAACCCGCCUCAACGCAUGGAGCGAAUGGGGAUCACAAGGUCCCGACGACGGCGAGCUUGACGUCCAGCCGUACGUUGAAGUUGGUCAUGCAGCAUCCGGAAAUGGAUAAGACCCAAAUUGUGGUCGAGUUGGUGCUGAAUGAAAACAUGAAGGACUGA